AUGGCGGACCUGGGCCUGGAGCUCUCCAGCCCGCCCACGGAUGGCGUCACGUCCCUGCGCUUCGGCGAUGAUUCGGGCCUCCUCCUCGCCACCAGCUGGGACGCGGGCGUGCGGCUGUACGACGCCGAUCCAGUCUCGGGCAGCUCAACCCUCAGGCAGCACUUCACCACGCCCGGGCCCGUGUUCGACGCGUGCUUCGCCGCGGGUGGGGACACCGCGAUCGUCAGCGGGGGGCUCGGCAAGAGCGUGGUGAGGCACGACCUCACGUCGGGCGCCGACGACGUCGUGGGAACGCACGGCGCGGCGGUGAAGUGCGUGGAGUGGGAUCACGAGACGGGCCUGAUCUUGUCCGGGGGUUGGGACGGGAGGCUCAAGUGCUGGGAUGCUCGCCUCCCCGAGGAACGGCGAUGCAUCGCGGACGUCGAGCUCCCGGGUAAGGUCUACUCCAUGUCCCUGACGGGCUCGGGGAGCCCCACGAGGAGGCUCGUGGUCGCCAUGGCCGGCAGGGCGGUGCACGUGUACACGCCGAUGGGCCUGACCAUGUCCGGAGCGCCCGAGCAGGCGAGGGAGUCCCCGAUGGGUCACCAGUCCCGGUGCGUGCGGUGGCUCCCGGACGGCACCGGCUUCGCGCUCGCGUCCGUGGAGGGCAGGGUGGCGUGGGAGUACCUCGACCUAACGCCGGCUGCGCAGGAGAAGAAGUACGCGUUUAAGUGCCACCGGGUGCGAGACGCCGGGGUCGAGACGAUCCAUCCGGUGCACGCGGUGGCGUUUCACCCGUGGGGAACGUUCGCGACGGGCGGAGGCGACGGUGUCGUCAACGUGUGGGACGGCGCGCACAAGAAGAGGCUGUAUCAGUACCCCAAAUACGCCACGUCAAUCGCCGCGCUCGCUUUCAACGCCGACGGGGACAAGUUGGCGGUGGCGGCGAGUUACGUGGGCGAGAGCGGGGACGCGCCCGCGCCGAGGGACGCGGUGUACGUGAGGAAGGUGGAGCCAGGGGAGGUGACGCCCAAGAGCGGGGUGCCGAAGUAG